AUGCUGUUCACGACCCGCUGGAGGAGAGUGAUACUGGAUGAAGCACAUUUCAUUCGAAACAGGGACUCAAAAAUGGCGAAGGCUGUCUGUGCUCUUGAUUCUGUCUCUCGUUGGGCCGUGACUGGCACGCCGAUUCAGAAUCACCUUAACGACCUUGCCACUCUCCUCAAGUUCCUUAGUGUCUACCCCUACAACGAGAAACGAAUCUUUGACGCGGAAAUAUCGCAUAUGUGGAAAGCUGGUAACGCUGAGGAGGCAGUCAAGAGACUCAAGCGCCUAGCUGGCUGCCUGUUGCUCCGCCGGCCAAGAAAGACGGUCGAGUUGCCACCGAGACGCGACCGGGCAUGUCACAUUGACUUGCAGCCUGAUGAGAGAGAGCUAGACAACCAGAUUCGGAGCCAAACCAUCACUCAAAUCGACGAAGUCCUUCUCCAAGGUAGUCAAAAACAAGGAACGACAUCAUCUUUCAGCGUUCUUCAGCAAAUUGUCGGAAUGAGAUUGGUAUGCAAUCUUGGGUUAUUCUACCCUCAUAGACAUGAUUCCUUGGCAAUAGCUGCAAAGACGCCAACGGCGGAGGACUUGAACCAAGCGGCGCAAGGUCGAUUCAACCUUCUAAUGAAUGAGGUGGGCAGCAUAAUAUGCCAGCGCUGCGCUUUUACGAUGGACGCCAAUUACAAUCCCCAAGAGAAUUCCGGACGUACAGAUGCUCUAUUCUCCCGAUGCGCCCAGUUCUUUUGCUCGAACUGCGUACAAACAGCCACUCGAGAUAAGAAAAGGAUUGGAUGUGGGCACGACUCGUCUUGUACCAUGGCUUCCGUGUCGACUAGUCCCGCAAGCUUGGAGGCCAUGCCCAUCUCAAUGCCAAUUGAACAGAUUGCAGGGGCAGGGUAUGUCCCUACUAAAGUGACGGCCCUCAUAGAGGAUAUGCAAGAAACACCAAAUGACGUCAAAUGUGUUGUGUUCUCGACCUGGACAAUGACACUUGAUAUUAUCGAGGUUGGGCUGAAGCAAGCUGGCAUUUCAGUCCUCCGCUACGAUGGAAAAGUUCCACAGAGAGAAAGACAGAAAGUCAUUGACAGAUUCCGUGAUGAUCCGUCACUCCGCGUGCUAUUACUGACACUCUCAUGCGGUGCUGUUGGUUUGACGCUCACUGUUGCCUCGAGGGCAUACUUAAUGGAGCCCAGCUGGAAUCCAACCAUCGAAGACCAGGCCUUGGCGAGAAUCCACAGGAUGGGCCAAGAAAAGGAAGUCACAACGGUACGGUUUUACGUCAAAGAUUCUUUCGAGGAGGCCGUUGUCACAAAUCAAAAACUCAAGAGGGAGCUCGCCGGCAUUCUGCUUGCCACGGGCAGAACAGAAAGCAGUGAACUAGGUCACUUAGAGGUGAAGUCUGAUGAAAAUUCUGCUCUUUUCAUACUCUCUGACACUCUCAAUCUAGCGCAUUCGUAG